UGUGAAUGCACCCUUGAGAUUUCUCUCUCUCCCCUCCACACACACAGCUCAGAAGCAAAGUUAAGAGACUCAUCAGAUUCUGAGCUGCUGCGGGAUAUUUUGCAGAAGACUGUGAAGCAUCCUGUGUGUGUGAAGCACCCGCCGUCAGUCAAGUAUGCCCGGUGCUUUCUCUCAGAACUCAUCAAAAAGCACGAGGCUGUCCACACGGAGCCUUUGGAUGAGCUGUACGAGGCGCUGGCAGAGACUCUGAUGGCCAAGGAGUCCACCCAGGGCCACCGGAGCUAUUUGCUGACCUCGGGAGGCUCGGUCACACUCUCCGAGAGCACAGCCGUCAUCUCCCACGGUACCACAGGUCUGGUCAAAUGUCGCGCUGCCCUCUACUUUGCAGAAUGCGCCAUAGAGAACCUGGCAGCCUUCACUAACAGAACUGUCCUAGAGCUUGGCAGUGGUGCAGGCCUCACAGGCCUUGCCAUCUGCAAGACGUGCCGCCCCCGGGCAUACAUCUUCAGCGACCCUCACAGCCGGGUCCUCGAGCAGCUCAGAGGGAAUGUCCCUCUCAAUGGCCUCUCAUUAGAGGCAGACAUCACUGCCAACUUAGACAGCCCCAGGGUGACAGUGGCCCAGCUGGACCGGGACGUAGCGACGGUCCAUCAGCUCUCUGCCUUCCAGCCAGAUGUUGUCAUUGCAGCAGACGUGCUGUAUUGCCCAGAAGCCAUCGUGUCGCUGGUCUGGGUCCUGCGGAGGCUGGCUGCCUGCCAGGAGCACAAGCGGGCUCCUGAGGUCUACGUGGCCUUUACCGUCCGCAACCCAGAGACGCGCCAGCUGUUCACCACCGAGCUAGGCGAACCCCCACGCCCACCCGGGCCUACAUGGUCCCUGAGCUGUCCCUGCAGGACUCCAGUGGAAGUGAAAGAACUGGGUGCCGGGGAAAAGCUAGGAUGCUCCACACUCCCACACCAUGCGGGGAACUCCGGCAGAGGCCGGUGA